GAGAGAGAGAGAGAGUCAGUGAGUGAGCGAGCGUCUGGGAGUCUAGUCGCUUUCUCUCUCCGUUUUCUUUCGUCUCGCCAUCAUGAACAUCCCAGGAGUUUUUCUGUUUCUCAUAUUUCUCCUCGGCGUGGUUCCAAAUGACGUGACUUGCAAGAACAGGCCUCGUCGUCAGUUACCAUGGAAUACCCAACCCUCGCCUGUAACGAAUUUUAAAACUCUGCCUGCGGAAAUGUUGCCCUUCACUCUACAACAAUGCAAUGAAGAGCCUGAUAUUCUUCACGCCAAGGUGACAUGUGGCUACAGCGGAUGCUACGUCGAAUGUGCGGAUGAAUACAGGAUGGCGUCUGGCUUGGAGGGUGUCAACUUGCAUUGUGACCAUUCGUCUGGCAAACUCACUUUUAAUGGCAAACCUUGGCUGCCUGAAGAUGUGGCUUGCCUGCCGUACUGCGGGAUACUAGGCUGUCUCCAUGGCGGAACCUGCAUCGAACCACAAAAAUGCCAAUGCCAGACAAACUACAGAGGGGACCACUGUGAAUUACCCCCAGACAACGCCCCUUUGCCCCCUGCCGCCCCUGUGGUAUACCCUGAGACCUGUAAGGAUCCUGAAUUCCCUGUAAUAAACGCUGAAGUAACCAGAAACGGGGAGCAGCUGCUGGUGAGAUGCGCUCCUGAGCACGAGUUUAGUAUCGGAGGAACUGUGGCCUUCAUCCAGUGUCGCGCGGGAAGGUGGGACUAUCCGAGGGGUAUUUUCUUAAGCGGGGGAGCCCUCAUGUGUCAAGAGAUGAAAUGCCAGCCCCCUUGCCAGAACGGAGGUACUUGCCUACCCGGGGGUGUGUGUGACUGCCCCUACAAGUACUGGGGUGCCACUUGCGGUAGCCUGCGCUGUACACUGCCAAAGACGUCACAGCUCGCCCAUGCCUCUAUCGGCGGGACGUCCUCAAGAAUGAAGAUACAGUGUCACCCGGGCCACAUAAUGCUAAGCAACAAACGCACGGAGACUAUUUUGUGUCGCAAUGGCCUCUGGGUUGUGCCUCGCCGCGGCUAUCUUGUCGACAUUGAUGUGAAAUGCUAUGCCAAUGACUUACUGGAAAGUGUGAAAAGCACAAAAUAGACGGAAAAGAAGAUUAGAGAGGAAAAGAAAACAGUGACAGACAGAUAGACAACCAAACAGAUUUAGAAAUUUAAGAAUAUAAUUAAUUGUUUAGUUUCCUGUUUAUUCAAUCUCUCUCUCUCUCUCUCUCUCUCUCUCUCUCUCUCUCUCUCUCUCUCUCUCUCUCUCUCUCUCUCUCUCUCUCUCUCUCUCUCUCUCUCUCUUUCUGAUGAAUGAUAAAUGAAUAAUAAAUAAGUUAUGCAUUAUA